CCAGAAAAGGGAGGAGCAGGCAGCCGGACCCUCAGGGAGCGAAUCAAUCGAGUUUGCGAAUGAAAUAGACUGGGGCCAGGCGGAAAGGCACGCAGUUCCUGCUUCCAGCAGCCUUGGGGGCUAGGGCGGUGGCUCGGCUCCGGCUGGGUCCGAGCCGAAGAGAUCUUCGUCCUCUGCGACUGCGGGACUUAUGUUCCAAGCCUGGGAUUCUCAGAAACCCUGGUGAUCGUGACGCUAAGGACACGGGGACCCGAAGCCUAACGAGUCCCCCCAAAGCUGGCUGAGGGUAGAUUGCUGCUCGAGUCCUUCUCCGAAGAGACCACGAGAGUCCAUCUUGCCUGCCCACCACCUUGUCCGCUUCCCCACUUCCCAGUCAGCUUGCCUGCCCGCCUAGCUCUCUGCCUUUCACUGCUGCUUGCUGCCCUCCCCAGGCUUAGGGCAGGUUGUAGAAAACGGCGCGCCAGGCUCGACAACGCUGGAAUCAACCUUCAAGGUCCGCAGCGAUGCGUUGGCGGAGCAUGCUGCUGGCAGCCAUCACCCUCACCUUACUCAGCAUCUUCUUAGUCAUUUGGAUGUUAACUUGGAACUGGUCUGUCCAUUACCUCCCAUAUUACCUUCCUUGCCCAGAAGCCUUUUCUAUGAAAUUGCCAGCUACAGAAGAAAAGAAAUUUCGACCUUUUCCCCAGUUACUCUAUCCUCAGCCAAAGUUGCUAGAGCAGCAACGCAAAGAUGUAUUGACGCUUACACCAUGGCUGGCUCCAAUUGUCUCUGAAGGGACGUUCAACUCGGAGCUCCUGAAUAAUGCCUAUCGGCCCCUGAAUCUCACCAUUGGGGUCACAGCGUUUGCUGUUGGGAAAUACACAAGAUUUGUCCGUCGUUUCCUGGAGUCAGCUGAAGAAUUCUUCAUGCAAGGCUUUCAGGUGAACUAUUACAUCUUCACUGAUGACCCAGAGGCAAUACCCCAUGUUCCCCUAGGACCUGGCCGAAACCUCUCAGUCAUCCCCAUUCAGGGCUUUUCACACUGGGAGGAAAUUUCCAUGCGGAGAAUGGAGUCGAUCAACAAAUUCAUUGCCUCCAGGGGCCAUCGGGAGGUAGACUAUCUCUACUGUCUAGAUAUAGACAUGGUGUUCUGGAAUCCUUGGGGUGCUGAGACUUUAGGAGACUUAGUAGCUGCCAUUCACCCUGGCUAUUUUACUGUUCCUCGAUGGCAGUUCCCUUAUGAACGGAGGCCCUUGUCCACAGCUUUUGUUGCUGAUGGUGAGGGAGACUUCUACUACGGUGGGGCAGUGUUUGGUGGCCGAGUAGAAAGGGUGUACGAGUUCACAGGAGGCUGUCACAUGGCCAUUCUGGCAGACAAAGCCAACGGCAUCAUGGCUGCCUGGCAGGAGGAGAGCCACCUGAAUCGGCGCUUCAUUUCCCACAAGCCCUCCAAGGUCCUGUCUCCUGAGUAUCUCUGGGAUGACAGGAAGCCCCAGCCACCCAGCUUGAAGCUGAUUCGCUUUUCUACACUGGACAAAGACUCCCUGAACUGGAAGGACUGAUGGACACAGGCCAAAGGCCUUCAGUCCUCACCCAAGACUACUGAGAGACUGAGGUGACCAGAACUUUCUCUGGUCAUCAAGAGCUUGGUGAUGAGGUACUAAGGAUGAGACUGAAAGUAAGGAAGCCAUGGAGUGAGUUUUUUAAAGGGCAGUCAGGACCCAUGUAGCUGCUACCUUCGACAUUUGUUCUCAUCCAAAGCAUCCACUUAAUGUCACAGUGUUUGAAAACUGACCAUUUUAGCAUUUCAUAAGCAAUCCCCAAGAAUGGCAAAGGGGAAUGAGAAUAUGUCGAUAUUGAAUUUGUUCAUCAAAUAAUUUCCUCUUGUUACAAAAGGAGGCUGCUGGUUACCUAGAAGGCUGUUUUUUUGUUUUGUUUUGUUUUUAAUGAAAAAGAGAUAGAGGAACUGAGCUGAUGCUAAAUUAAACUUAAGGGGAAAAUGUAAUAACAAGCAAACACAAAAUGACAUGGGUUUUUGCCCUGGCUUUGGUGCUUACUACUGUUGGCUGUGUGACCUAGAGCAAAUUAUCUCUUUGAACUUCAGUCUACCUACUUGUAAAAUGUAAAGAAACAUUUCCCUGCUGAGCUCACAGUGGUGUUGUGAGGGUUGAAUAUGAAUGUGAAAGUGCUUUGUGAACUGUAAAACUCUAUGUACUUGUGAA